UCUUGAUUCUUGACAACAUGCAACAUUAACAUACAACAUUCGGCUUUUGCGACUUGCCCAAAAGCCAAUCUCAAGUCUCUACCAUAACAUAACCAUGGCUAUAAAUGCGCCAACCCCUUUCUACUCUAGGAUACCCGAUAUAAGAUUGGAGGACUACCUCGAUGAUAAGCUUCAAUCUAGUACCGACUUCGAAAACCUUGACAACUUACUAGCUAGUGUUGAAGUUCAACGCAACCAGCUCCAGGUACAGCUCGACAAUGCUACCAGAGAGCUUGAAGAUGCUCGUCGUGCGGCUGAGGACCACCAAGGAGGAAUCGCCCGGUCGAUCCGCGAAUUUAAUGCGCUUCAAGAGAGCAUCGACGCCCGCCUGAAGAUAGUCGCCGAGUCUAGCGCACCCGACGAAGCCAUACGACGCCUCGAACAACCCAUGAAGCAGAUUCGGAAGGUCGAGCUCGCCCACCAAUACGUGUCGCUGCUACAGGAUGUCGAGAACCUUAGACAUGAAGCCCGAUCUCAUCUUCCCCAAAGCCCCAAAGCCGCAUUACAGCCUUACUCGAGACUCAAAGAGCUGAGUGUACGAUUGAAGGAGCUACAGGGAGCCGCCGAUCAAGCUGCUACGCAUCUUGUAAGCUAUGUGGAGGGAAUCACGAAGAGCUUAUGGGACGAGAUGAAGAAUACCAUGUCUGAGGAAUUAGAGAAUGUUUUAAAGAAGCGCAAUUGGCCUCAGGGAGUAGACACCGAUGCCGAGAUGGAUGCUGAAUGGUUACAGUGCUUUGAGAGGCUUAUCGAUCUGCAGGCACCUGAGGUGCUUCACUCUGAUAAAGUAGUUUCGUUACUUCCUUUCGAGGUGAUGGCGAAACCAUUCAUCCAGUGGUUCCGAUUCCAGUUUAUGGGCAAUAAUGCGACAAGUGGUCCUCAGUCGUUUGGGACUUUCUGCGUGCCUCAGUUCCUAGCAUUAAUAGAUAAAUGGGAGGGUUUCUUUCGAGACAACGUGGCCUAUAUCCUAGCAUCUCGGUUUCAGGAUAGCAGAGUACAGGGUCGAUCAGUCUACAUUGAUCCUGCCUGCGCUUUAAUCACGGUGUUGCUACCUGUGAUGAGAGAGAAGAUUAACACUCUAGUACAACAUGGCCUUAAGAACCCACAGUAUUUAAGCAGCCUCAUGAUACAGCUUAUGGAUCUUGACGACGAGAUACGAUCGAGGUACAAUUACGACGGCGGCGAUCUGGACCAAGGCUGGGCCGGUCUCACCUCGGAAGUGCUGGAAAAGCAUUUUGAGGAUUGGUUCAAGGCAGAGAAAGACUUUGCUUUAGAGCGGUACCAGGUCAUUAUGGACACCCCAGAUUCUCGAAACAUUGAUUAUGAUUACAGCACUGCUGGUAAGAUGAAGCCAACCUUUGGUGCUGUGAGAGUAACGGACUUGUUGAAAUCUGUCACGUCUCAAUACGAGCGAGUUCGAAGAUUCUCCCACAAACUCCGAUUCCUCAUAGAUAUCCAGCUGGAAAUCCUAGAUGACUACCAUGACCGCUUCAAAGAUUCAUUAGAUGCAUACUAUACAAUCACCUCAACCCUAGGUCGUACUCUUCAUGGCGUGACUAAGGAGCAGGCUGCUGCCUUGGAAGGUACGGGUGCGUUUGAGACUCUCUGCAAAGUCUUGGGCAGCUCCGAUCAUAUAAUUGCUACUCUGAAGGAUUGGAGUAACGAAGAGUUUUUUGUAUCCAUGUGGGAGCAGCUCCAAGCUAGAGCUAAAAAAGCCAACGGCGACGGCAAUAUUGCUACGGGAAUGAGCUAUGAAAAUGUAAAGGAUAAAACCUCAGCAGAUGUUGGCUCUGAUGGUGAUGGUGGCAUAUUAUUUGACGAGACCAUCGCGGCAUACACUCGCCGCCGAAAAACUGCCGAGGAAUAUCUGGUCACAGCCCUUAUCGACUCUCACCAGAAAGCAUUUCGCCCGUACUUCGCUAAGGCCCAGUGGACUACGAUUAGUGCUAAUACACAUUUGGAAACUUCUCAGCUUUCUAUAACUCCAGAGUUAGAUGAACCCUUGAAGAUACUGAAACGAAACCUUAAUUUUCUGGCUUCCGUCCUGAGCGCUGCUGUAUAUCGUCGGGUAUGGCGAGAAGCAUUGGAGAAGCUACAGGAUACGAUAUGGACAACUGUGCUCAUGGCGCAGAGUUUUACGACGCUGGGUGCCGCCCAGUUCGCCAGGGAUUUAGAAGCUAUCGCCUCUCUUGUAGACCACAACAUCCCCGAUGGCUCCAUUGCACUAGGUACGCUGCAGGAUGGAGUGAAGCUGUUGAACUUGCCUCUCGAAGCCACAGACGGGGUUAUAUCCCUGCGACAAGCCAGCGACCGUGCCUUUACAGAUAACGCCGAAGCCAAAAAGCUUUUGGCCGAACUAGAUAUAGAAUCGCUCACACCCGCGAAUGCCAGGAAGAUCCUACAGAGGCGGGUCGAGAAUAGCGAAUAGAUGAAAAUUUACCUGCCUACUUUCUAUAGGCCCCGAAUCUAAAUUCAAUGUUCGCCCUUAAUUCCGGUCCAAGUGCGAAAUGUUAAAUUGCUCCCAAAUGCGAUCUAUCGUGAUAAUACCCCCCCUCCUUUUUACCUUGCGCAUCUUUGGUUGAAACACAACGCCUUGUCAAUACACAUAAUCUAAGUCUAGAUCUUCAUUAUCCUCCCUGUUGAUGUUUUUUCUAUUCGAGUUCUCUUUUUCCUUUUUUUCUUUCUUCUUGUUUGCUCUUUCUAGCUAAGAGCACGCAUCGUAGCCUCCACAACGGCAAAGGUCCCCGCGCUGACGGGCAUAGCUCGCAAGAGCGUGGGGCCGAUGCCCUUCCAGAAGCCGCGCAUGCCCUCGGCCCUCCAGGUCUGCGCGAAGCAGUCGCGCAUGGACUUGUAGCGGGCGUCGGGGCCGAAGCCGUCGGUCUGCAUCUUGCUCUUGACGACGUCGAAGGGGUAGCUCGCGAGCCAGAGGGCCUCGCCGGCGAGGCCGCCGUACAGCGCGACCUUGUAGCUGGGGAUCUCGGAGCGGGCGAUGCGGUUGCGCGCCGCGUCCGCCGUCAUCAGGUACUCGAACGUCAGGAACCAGGUGCCGUAGGCGGCGGCCUCGCGCCAGACGGUCACGGCCUCCCCGCGGUACAGGCCGCGCAGGACGCCGCCGCCGCGCGACGACAGCU